AGAGGGUGGGGCGGGGUCUCAAACGGAAGGUGGUUGUUGUCCGAGCCGAAGCAGGUUUGAAAGUGGGGGUCGGGCUCGGCUGUCGUUGUCUGUAGCAGCGGCCCCGCUUCCGGGCUAGGCUGUCCGUACCCGCCCCCGCCCCGCCUCCCUUCGGACCCCUCCGUCCCAGGCCUGACUCCCUGCCCGAUUCGCGCCCCGCCCGCCGCAGCUCGCUGCCGUCCCGGCCCGCACUGCGGCCCCGCCGCCGCCACUAUGUCCCUGCACGGCAAACGGAAGGAGAUCUACAAGUAUGAAGCGCCCUGGACCGUCUACGCCAUGAACUGGAGCGUGCGGCCCGACAAGCGCUUUCGCCUGGCGCUGGGCAGCUUCGUGGAGGAGUACAACAACAAGGUUCAGCUUGUUGGUUUAGAUGAAGAGAGUUCGGAGUUUAUUUGCCGAAACACGUUUGACCAUCCGUACCCCACCACAAAGCUCAUGUGGAUCCCGGACACAAAAGGCGUCUAUCCAGACCUGCUGGCGACCAGUGGUGACUAUCUCCGUGUGUGGAGGGUUGGUGAAACAGAGACCAGGCUGGAAUGUUUGCUAAACAAUAACAAGAAUUCGGAUUUCUGUGCUCCUCUGACCUCCUUUGACUGGAAUGAGGUGGAUCCUUAUCUUUUAGGUACCUCCAGCAUUGACACGACUUGUACCAUCUGGGGGCUGGAGACAGGGCAGGUGCUGGGGCGAGUGAAUCUUGUGUCUGGCCAUGUGAAGACCCAGCUGAUCGCCCAUGACAAAGAGGUCUAUGAUAUCGCGUUUAGCCGGGCUGGUGGCGGCAGGGACAUGUUUGCCUCUGUGGGUGCUGACGGCUCCGUGCGGAUGUUUGACCUCCGUCAUCUUGAACACAGCACCAUCAUCUACGAGGACCCUCAGCAUCACCCACUGCUCCGCCUCUGCUGGAACAAACAGGACCCCAACUACCUGGCCACCAUGGCCAUGGAUGGAAUGGAGGUAGUGAUUCUGGACGUCCGAGUUCCAUGCACACCUGUUGCCAGGUUAAACAACCACCGAGCAUGUGUCAAUGGCAUUGCCUGGGCCCCUCAUUCGUCCUGCCACAUCUGUACUGCAGCGGAUGACCAUCAGGCUCUCAUCUGGGACAUCCAGCAGAUGCCCCGGGCCAUCGAGGACCCUAUCCUGGCCUACACAGCCGAGGGCGAGAUCAACAACGUGCAGUGGGCGUCGACUCAGCCUGACUGGAUCGCCAUCUGCUACAACAACUGCCUGGAGAUCCUCAGAGUGUAGUGUCGGUGGCACCGUGCCCGCCAGGCAGGGGCUUGUGUGUUUCCCGCCUCUGUCCCACCCCCAAAGUAAGAAGAAACGUGUUUCUGGUGGCCAGUACGUCUUUCAUUGCUUUGCACCCACUGUUGCCAGAAGCUGCUCUAGGAGUUUCCGGCCGGUCACCCCACAGCUCUCUGGGCCGGCCUCAGUGCUGUGUGCCGCCUCCUCAGCCCAGGGCUGAGUUUUAAGAUUUUCUCUUCUUUCCUCUUCUCCUUUGGUUCCUCAAUUAAAAUUUUCUGUGUAUUUGUUUGUCGGGCGUCGUGUUAAUGAGCAUUGUAGGCACUGGCUCUGCUUGUGCUCAUCUGUCCCAGGUGUCUGUCUGUCGCUGCCCGAGGCAGCCAUCUGUGUCCCUGUCCAUGUGAGCACUUAAGUGGGAACAAGUACCAAUUCGAAGUUGUCUUUCUUCCUGUUCUCAAUGUCUUUAACGAAUUUCAACUUUGUAUAUUUUUUACCUAUCAGGCUAAUUUUUUAUGAAAAGAAUUUUACUCCCUGGUCUCUUCCUUGUUUCAUCGCUCUCCUUACCUGCACCUUCCUCUCUUCCCUCCCUCCCUCCCUGGACUGGCCCCAGGCCCUUGACCCCAUGAGCAGUUUGCCUUCUUGAAUCACUGCCCGAGCGGAACGUACCUGACCAGGAGUCCCAAACCACCUUGGUGCUCUGAAGGCAGUCCCAAACCGCUCUCCCCUUUCCUUAGCCGGGCUCUUCUCAAGGGCUUUCUGGGCUCCAGAACAGACGUGUGACCCCUUCUGUUGCUCCUCGAAGUAUCUCUGUGCGCCCUCUCCCCCCGCCUUUCCCCUGUGGGACGUACUGGGCACGUGUUAGAGCUGAGCUAGCCAGACUGAUUGGGGUGCCUGACUGCGGGGAGUAGUUGCAGAAAAGCUGAACUUAGAGCAUGUUUCCGGUACAUAGUUUAAGAGUCUAUUUUUCCUCUCCAAAUAUAAGCCCCUGGCCAUUCUCUCUCAUGUCUUGAAUGACAGGCGAGAAUGAUGGAUAAGCUGAACUUCAGUAUCUCUGUCUGUUGAUCAGUUCAACUGGGACUGGUGUACGCGGGCCACUCUCUGGGUUGAGUGCGCUGAGGUGAGAGAGCCCUGCUUGGGGGCUGCUCGGUCUGAGCGUCUAGCCUGAGCAAGAUCACUUCUAGAAGGUGGGAGACCACCAGCUCUUGCAAAGGAUGGAGUGAGUACCAGGCUGUGACAGUCCCAGGUCAUCAAGGAAGUGGCAAGAGAAGCAUCAGAGACCCGGGGUCAGCCAGUUAAGAUCUCCACGAACCCCUGUCAGCCAACCUGCCCUCAGUUUAGGUUCUGAGCAGUAUUGGACUUACAGGCUGUGGGUGUCUGUUUCUGUUACAUGCACAAGUUCUGUGGAGGGCCUUGUGAGUGAUUCCAGUGGUGGGUGAGUCCCUGAGCAGGCAGAGUUUGGGACAUGCUCAGAGUCUGGGCGGAGUUUGGUUCGCUGGGCUCUGCCAAGUGCCUAAAGGUUUCUGAGACCCUCUGAGUUGAGCAUCCGAGAGUAGAGAGAAGCAGACCUUGAGGCUGAUGGUUUUAUCCAAUUGGGCUCUCACCUGCUCUUCAGAAGCUAAGCAGUUAGCUUUGUUCUUCUGGGCCCAUAAACUCUCUUGAUUGAGUCUUCCUUUUUAGAAGCAGAUGUGUUUGUAUCCCCAAAGUCAUAGCUCUUUGCUUUAACACGGGGGGGGCUGGUCCCAAAGAAAAGGUCUCUCUCUCUCUCUUUUUUUUUUUUUUUUCCCCAGUAGGGUAUGUCCCGUCUUCUGUUUCGGGGGCUGUUUGGCUGGCCAUCUGCUUGAGGUCAACUCUCUUGAAUUAACUGAUGAUGGAAAGCCAGCAGUGCUUGAUGAGCGCCUUCCUCUGUUGGGUUUAAUGAUUCCAGGGUCCUUCCCUCAAGGGUAGCAAGUCUAAAUUGAGUGUCACUUGCUGUAGGAGGCUGUCAGUUCCUUCCUGUGGAAAGGGGUCUGAAAUGGAGCUCUAGUGGUAGGGGGGCUGGUCCCGCUGGGCCUUCACUACACUGAGUUCUGAGUUAAGAUGUGUUUCCUGCUGUGCAUUUCCUGGUCUGAAUGGUGAGAAGAUUUGCCAGCUGGAACCUGAAAACAACCUGGAGAGAAAAUUUAGUUAAUAGUAAUUGAGAUGCAAUUGGAUAAAUUCGCUCUUUACUCUCGAAACCAACAAGUUUUUUUUGUUUUGUUUUGUUUUGUUUGCCCCUUGCUCUAUGGACUCCCAGCCCUGUCACCCUCCUUAGGCCUUGUACUGUGGUCCUCUUCCUCCUGACAUCCCACCUGGGCCCAGGUGAGAGUCCCAGUCUCUCUAAGCAGACACAUGCACACACGCACACACACACACACUCAGUUGCAGGAAUGCUAGUAUUUUGAGGCCCUGGCUGUCUUAACCUCCCUCUGUGCCACCGGCCAGAUGGCCUCAUGGCUGAGGAGGGGAUUUCUGUAGUCUCAGGAUUUAGAAAGCCCCUUAGUCAGCCAGGCUCCAGGAAGCAGAAAUCUAUUGUAGUUUCAGAAGCAAGGGUUUGUUUGAUUUAGUUAGGCUCUCAGAUUGACAGCCAGCGACAAUAGGUGGGAGGCUCUGUGUCUGUGCUCCUUGCACAUGAGAAGAGCAGCUGCCAGGGCUGUGCUGGAAAGGCCGGCAGCGCCUCCAUGGUCUGGCCCUUGGCCGCACUCUUGGCCCCUGAGCGGCAGCUGCCUUUGUUUUCCUGUCUGCUGGAGGGGGUCCUGAGUAAAGGCAGUGCCGCUCCCACCGCAGAGAGCUAGUGAAUGGGUCCAGGUCCUUCACGAGCUUGGGUGUUUAUACUCAGGAGAGUUGGAAGCCUCUCUUGCCAGGGAGGAGCCAGGCUGCGAGGUGAGGACUGGAAGAGGGACAGUGUCUGAUAACCGGGGGCGGGGAGAGCUUCUUAUCAGGACCAGGCUCUCAGGUCUUCAGAUUUGGGGAGAAACAGAGAAAAUUGAGGCUCUGACAAGUGUUGAUGAUAGGUGUGGCUGAAAUUUUAGGAGGAGAUUUAGGAUGUGGGAGAAAGUCAGUGGUAACAAAGGAGAAAAGAUUAGAGGUGGGGAGGCAUUCAGACUGGCAUGUGGCCGUGAGUGAGACUGGGCCCUUGGCCUGUGUCAGCCUUCCUGGACCAUUCAUCGGUGUCUGUGCCGCUAGGUGGCUGGGGACAGGAUGACCAGAGGGACCCCUUCCUGCGGCAGUUCAGUCCUGGUGUCCUUUGCUGGUAGGGAUCUGGAGGUGUUUGGGGUCCCGUGAUGGUUGCAGACCGCGGCUCCUCUUGGUAGUAGGUGGUCAACAGUCAGGCUGACUUUUUCCGCUCUCCCUUUUCCCUUUUCUCUUCCGCUUACCUUCCCGCUCCCUCCCACUCCCCGAACUCUCUCCCUGCUGCCACCUAGAGCUGUCAGGUGUGCAGUGUCUGCCAACCAUGGGAGGGCCAGCCCAGUGCCGUCCCUGCACCGCCCCUCUGCCUGCCUGGCUUGGGCUGAGGGCGGCCACGAAAGUAGACGCCCCAGAGCAGACCCUGCUCUUUAUGGUCUGCGUUCCAGCCUGAGGGAGGAGCGUCAUGCCUGGCGCUUAAAUUGGGUUUUCCCCGUGGGGAGAGCUGCUCUGAGCAGUCCCUGUGCUCCCUGGGCCGGGCUCCCCAAGACCUGUCCUCCCCACACUGGCUGGGCCAGCUACGCAGAGUGUGGCAGGGCCUUGCCCUCUCUUCCCACCGUCAUCAUUGCUGCUAAUGGUCAAAGUCAAGUGUACGGCCGCGUGGGAUGGGCCAGGUCCUCUCAGGCUCCUUUCUGGAUGUGAUGUUUUAAGUAUGGAAACAUGCAGGUGCCUUCCCCAGAGGCUUGGACUGGUGUGUGAAACCAGAAACAGAUAAGCUAAUCAGUAUGAACUCAAGAGGAAGGAUGCUGGCGGUCCGUGUGACAGCUGGACGACUGACAAGGACCCGCCUUUGGGACGACCCAGCGCUUAAGAACUUGUGAUAUCCGCUAUUUCGAAGAAAUGCUCUCACCUUGGGUUGGUUGUGAUAAUGCAGUGUGUUAUGAAGCUUGUGGAGCUAAAGCUCUGACUUGCUUGAAUUGAAUAUGAAUCAUUUGACAUGGUUCCUGUGUAUUUGACGACCCCUCCGUCAGUGACUUUCCAUCCCUCCUCCCGGGCGUGAAUUUGUAGCAUGAUUGUACAAAUCUCUAUGUAGAAAAUGGAGGUUUCUUGUUCUCUGAAGUGUUAGGCUCUAGCCAAUCAUCUCUGUCCCAUUUAGCCUAGUGUGUCUGAACUUAAUUUCUUGUUCUAUAUUUGAACUUCUCCUUACGUUACAGGCUUUGUGGCAUCCGACGGUCAGGUGAGAGGAAGCUACCCCUUGCAGAACUGUACUGUAACCAUUUUUUAAAAAAAAAAAAAACAUUAUUUUCACAGGACUGAUUAUACACAGGGCUUGUAAAAAAAAUUUUUUUUAACACUGUGCUGUGAAACCGCGAUGGUAAAUCUCCAUUGAAGGCUACUUCAGAGGUGCCUGAAAGUGGAGUGUUAUUAUCUAUGACUUGACUUCUUGCUUUCUGAGUAUAUUAAACCUAAUUUUCACCCUUUCAUUCUGUUUCAGCCUCCUGUAUAAGAAGUACCGUAUUUUCUGCCCAUCAUACUUUGUAAUAAAACUUGAACAUGUAUAGAUUGACUGAA